UCUAGCGGAUCUCUUGAACUAAAUGAGUGACUUCAUUUAUAUAUAUAUAUAUAUAUAUGAGUGUCUAUCUUCUUCAAUUCUUUAAUUAUAAUUAGUUUGCAUGAAUACUGAAAUCAAACAUGGACAACUCUUCUUCCCGUCGUCCAUUUUUUCAUCAUCAACUUUUAAGACCUCAAGACCUUCACUUGCACCCGCCGCCGGUCUCCUCUAACGCCGAAGCAGACGCAACCGCUGCUACUAUACGUCGACCUCGUGGCCGCCCUACCGGUUCGAGGAACAAACCGAAACCGCCGAUUAUAAUCACACGUGACAGCCCCAACUCUCUUCGUUCUCACGUGCUAGAGAUCUCAGAAGGAACCGACGUCCUCGAGAGCGUCUCUAAUUACGCCCUACGAAGGGGCAGGGGUGUUUCUGUAAUUAGCGGCACCGGAUCGGUUUCCAAAGUAUCGGUUAAACAAGUGGGGGAGGCUCCACCAGGGAGUGUGGUUACACUUCAAGGAAGGUUUGAUAUUUUAUCGCUAACUGGGACCGUUUUACCCCCUCCUGCACCUCCGACCGCCGGUGGGUUGUCUAUAUUUAUGGCCGGAGGGCAAGGGCAAGUGGUCGGAGGUUGUGUGGCUGGGCCUAUAAUUGCUUUUGGACCGGUCACUUUGAUAGCUGCUUCUUUUGCUAAUGCUAUUUUUGAAAGAUUGCCUCCUGAUUAUGAAGAAGAAGAGGAAAGGCCGAGACAUGUUCAGGGGAAACCUGAUGGAUCUCAGUCGUCGGAGGUGACCGGAGUUGGCGGCGGAGCACGAUUAGGUGACAGGGGUAGUUCGGUCUUUCCUGUGCCGAAAUUUUUGUCUGGAGACUUAUCCGGAUGGAAUGAAAGACGAUAGCGGUGCACGUCUCUGUUAGUCGGUGACCGAACAGGGUAAAGGAAAACAAUUCAACCAUAGACUUUAUUUUGAUUUUAUCUAAAUCAAAUGGUUGAUUAAUAUUAA